CACAUUCAAUGGCUUACAACAUCAUUGAAGUUUUAAAAGAUAAAUUAGAAACUCCUUUAGUAGGUAAUACUGGUUUUUUGGCACCAAAUUUAGAAGAAAAUACCGAAGCUAUCCAACAUAUCGAGGAUGCUAUCAAAGGCGCCGGUUACGAGGGAAAAGUUAAAAUAGCUAUUAACGUUAACGCAUCAGCUUUUUUUAAAGAUGGCAAAUACGAUCUCAAGUUUAAAUCCGAAGAAUCAGAUCCAGAAGAAUAUAAGUCAAGCGAAGAUAUGAUCACCAUGUACAAGGACAUCAAAACAAACUUCCCAAGCGUAAUUAUGUUGGAAGAUCCUCUUCACAAAGAAGACUACGAAGGCUGGACUACUUUAACGACUGAUCUGCCGAACGUGAUGAUGGUGGGUGACCAUUUAAUCGGUUCAAACCUAACGAGAUUCCAAAAAGCUAUCGCGGAAAAAGCCGCAAGUUGUGUAUCGCUCGGAUUGGAGCACAUCGGUACCAUAAGUGAAACUCUUCAAUUUGUGGAGCAUGCGAAAAAGUUCAAGUGGAGUAUUUGCAUAGGAUCUGGAGACGUAGGAACGGACGACACAUUUAUCUCUCACUUCGCCAUAGGAAUAGGAGCCGAUGUAUUCAAAGUCGGCGCACCGAGCUCCAAUCCGAACAUCGUCAGGUACAACCAACUGGUCAGAUUGGAGGCGGAAUUGGGCAGCAAAGCUCAGUACGCGGGUCCCGAGCUCGAGAAAAAAUUGACUCCUGAAAAAUGAAAGUGAC